AUGGGCGCCUGGUUUUCCCGCCGGAAGGACGAAGAUGAGGAUAUCGACGAGGUCGAGGAAGAGAAGCCGCUCACGAAGAUCGACACGGGCGACCAGGCCGCGGUGAAGAACCUCCUCGAUGACAGCGUCGUCGAGCACCUCAAGGACGAGGUCAAGUACGGCUUCAACUACAAGACGGACAACCUCAAGAUGCUCACGAUGGUCGUCGCAAUCGCCUUUGCCAUUGGCACGGUGUGGCACGAGACGCCGUUCCCGGACGACAGCAACAUCAUCCUUGCGUGCGCAGGCGGCUUCUUUGUGCUCAACUCGCUUCUCACGGGCUACCUCAUGUUCAUCGAGAAGGACAUCAUUGCACGCGUCUACCCGGAUACGGCGCGGCCCGAGGAUCAGUUUUACGUUCGUACGCGCAUUCCGCAGUACAAGGACCACUACCACCUGACGUUCGAGUCGACGCUCACGCCGUCCAAGAAGGUCAAGGCCGAGCUGUACAUUGGCACGUUCUUUGACGAAGAGGGCCACUUCGACAGCCCUGCGUUCCACAAGGAGGUCGGCGCCUUGGUCGCCAAGUACACCAAGGCCAAGACCGACUAA